GAAUGCAUGCUCAAGACCCAGGCACCCCAAGGUCAUGAGGCUGGGAUUCGUCUGUGCUCUGCUUUCUCUCCUGGCAGGGCAUGGCUGGGCAGACACCAGAGCCAUCGGGGCCGAGGAAUGCCGCCCCAACUCGCAGCCCUGGCAGGCUGGGCUCUUCUACCUCACCCACCUCUUCUGCGGGGCUUCCCUCAUCAGUGACCGCUGGCUGCUCACAGCUGCCCACUGCCAGAAGCCGUAUCUGUGGGUCCGCCUUGGGGAGCACCACCUCUGGCAAUGGGAGGGCCCAGAGCAACUGUUCCGGGCCACAGACUUCUUCCCCCACCCUGGGUUCAACAAGGACCUCAAGGCUCAUGACCACAGUGAUGACAUCAUGCUGAUCCGUCUGCCCAGGAAGGCAUACCUGGGACCUGCUGUGCAGCCCCUCAACCUCAGCCAGACCUGUGUCUCCCCAGGCACCCAGUGCCUCAUCUCAGGCUGGGGGGCCGUGUCCAGUCCUAAGGUGCAGUACCCACUCACGCUACAGUGCGCCAACAUCAGCAUCCUGGAUCACAAACUGUGCCAUCGGGCAUAUCCAGGCCACAUCUCAGACAGUAUGCUCUGUGCCGGCCUCUGGGAGGGGGGCCGGGGCUCCUGCCAGGGUGACUCUGGGGGCCCCCUGGUUUGCGAAGGGACCCUGGCGGGUGUGGUGUCUGGGGGUGCCGAGCCCUGCUCCAGACCCCGGCGCCCUGCCGUGUACACCAGCGUGUGCCACUACGUGGACUGGAUCCGAAAGACCAUGGAGGACAACUGAGCCCUCAUGCCUUGGGCGACCAAGAGAGGAGGGUGGGCGGAGGGUAGAGGGGAACUGCAGGGCUCCGGCCUCAGAGAUCUCGGCGCGUGGCCUCAGCGGCCCCGAGACACCUUCUGGAUCUUCAGGCUCCGCGCCCUCAGGGCCCGCCCCAUCGGAAAGCAGCGGGGAGACACCUCCGCCCCCGUAGCCCCGUCUCCGUGAUGUCACCAGAACGGGCAUCACCCCCGUGGAACAGCUUCAUCUGUGGCUCGGCUCCAGAAGCACCUCCAGCCGACAGCUCCUGCCCUCGGAACUCUGCCCAAUGA